GUGCGACGGGCGGACAAACGUAUCAUGCUGGGUAGGGCUGGGUCCGAGAUGUCGAGUUGUAAACGAAACCAGUUUGCUAUUCGAUACGAUCGAGGCAACAGCAGCCCCGCGAUAUCUUAAAAAACCAGAAGAAACCGUGUGGUAUCGCCGGUUUUCCAGGACCAACCCUCCACCAAAUCCCCCCCUCACCCACCCCCCCUCGAGGUUCAUCUCCUCGAGAGAUGAACGCUAUCAAUGUUCAUUUUAAUGCUCGAUAUAUGUCUUCCAAGUAACUGAUGUUCUCCAAAGAGGAUCGAAUAUGUUAAAUAAUGUAAUUAUUUGUGAAGGACUGCAGUGACAAUUUGUCGAUUUAAGUGUAUUGUGUUAGUGUUUAUAGAAACUAAGUGUCAGUGUCAUUAUUUUCCAGUAUUUCCAAUUUUUAUAAUGCUUUGGUUGUUUCUGUUGAUUGGAAGACGAAAAGAAGAGGGAAAUUCAAAAAUUCCUUGAGAGGAAUAUAUGAAUAUGACGGAGAGUUCGAUGCCUUUGUGAAAAUUUGGAAGAAACAGAGAUAUAGUUUUAAAAUCCGAGUGUAAAGAGAAAAGAGAUUUAAUUAAAGAGAAAAGUGAUACCGAUGUCAGCCGUGGCACCAGCUGGUCCCGGCGCUACAGGGCCGAGUCCGAACGGUCCGAUAGUACCAUCACCAGUUUUUGCAUUGCCAACACUGUCCUUUACAGUGGGUCAGGUGGCAUCAGUUUGUGAAACACUGGAGGAAAGUGGUGAUAUUGAAAGAUUGGCGAGGUUCCUCUGGAGUCUUCCGGUGGCACAUCCCAAUAUUCAAGAACUCAACGAAAGUGAAGCUGUGUUAAGAGCAAGGGCCAUUGUUGCAUUUCACGCGGGACAUUAUAGAGAACUUUACGCAAUUCUUGAGAGGCACAAAUUCACCAAAGAUUCACACGGGAAAUUGCAAGCAAUGUGGCUUGAGGCACAUUAUCAGGAGGCAGAAAAGUUAAGGGGUCGACCACUUGGUCCAGUGGACAAGUAUAGGGUGCGAAAGAAAUUUCCAUUGCCCAGAACCAUAUGGGAUGGAGAGCAAAAGACUCAUUGUUUUAAGGAGCGAACGAGAUCGCUUUUAAGAGAGUGGUACCUUCAAGAUCCUUAUCCAAAUCCGGGAAAGAAAAGGGAGCUAGCUUCUGCCACUGGGUUAACGCCUACGCAGGUUGGUAACUGGUUCAAAAAUAGGAGACAAAGGGAUAGAGCUGCGGCUGCAAAAAAUAGUGAAAAUAAUGGAUCCGAUUCACCAGACAGAAUGCAGCAACAAUCCGGCCCAGGAAAUGGAAAUCCACGAAGACCUUUAAGUCCAGGUGGAGGAUCGGACACAGAGGAUUCGGAUAUUUCGCUUGGCGGAACGUCUCCGCCAUCUCCUAGUUCUUCGCCACAAAUUAACCAUCAAACAUCUCCCGUUCAUCAAAUGAGUCACAUAGGUCCAAUUCCACAACCAACUUUAAGCUUUCGUUUUGAUCCAACUACAUCUUUCCGGUUAGGACACGCGACUGCUUUCAAGUUUCCGCCGUCUGGUUUCCGAUAUGGACCGCACAGUCCGCAGCACAACCACCCAAGUAUCGCGGGUGGCGGAAUCUUCAGGUUAACUGAAACUAGUCCCUUCCAGGCUGUUGGUCCCAGAGGAGACCUUGGAUCCAGAUUACCAGAUACCCUCGGUCUUCCUCCACCAAGAUUACACCAUCACGACACUUUGCUUCAUCAUCCCCAUCAUCAACUACCGGAAAGUGUAUCGAGGUUAUCGGAAACUUCACGUUUAUCGGACGGUGGGAUAUCGCGGCUGUCGGAUAGCUUGUCGGAAGCACACAGUCCUCCUCUAGUAGCAACGAAUUUAUCGAUAACGGGACCGCUAAGAGUUGCAGUUCCAAGUCCUCACACACCGUCCUCUCGUGGUAGUCCACCUUCGAAUCAGCAUACACCUAAAGGUCAGGGACUGAUAAGGGUCGCGACUCCACCGAUAAAUCCAAAACCCCCUCAAAUUCACAGGCCGUUUUCGCCAGCGUGAUACGAAAGAUCCAACGAGAUCGCUGAUGCGAGAAGUGAAAUUAAUUCUUCAAUACUCUCUGUCGAGGACGAAGGUUUCAAUUUCAAGAAAUGCUUCGAAGUGCUGUGAACUUGCAAUAUUGGGGACUGUGACUGUACAUAGUGAAUAAUAAAUCGCAUCACCCAAGAUAGCAUAAUAUUUAAAGCGGCGUUUUUUGUCUUGUUUUCGCGGUUCAAAUUGCAAGCGCUAACAAAUGCAUAUAAAACCCCGUUAACAUUGGCAUUAACGUCGUUAUGUAUAUAAGAAAUUUAGAGAGGAUGUAUAAAUCGUCAAUCGCGAUCAUGUUGAUAUCAACGUGUCAAAGGGAACUUUUCAUUUAGGAAAUGUUACGUUUUUGAUAAAUUAUACUAUAUAUGACAAACGUAAUCUUUAUAUAUGACUGAAGACUGUUAUCGUCGUUUAAUUUUAUUCGUCACUUUCGUCGGUAUUUUACGAAAUUAAUUCUUAUAGACUAAUGCUGAAAAUUUUGAAAAAAAAAUCUCUUGGAGAUACUUCAAAAUUUUUUAUACCACCAACUUUCCAAAUUAAAUGGUUAUUAAAGACGGACCUGUAUCAAAUACAAAUGGAAAUUUAAUUUCUUUUAAACAAAAUAAUGUUUUUAUUUUAUUUUUCAAUGUGACUUACGUAAAGCAAUAAAAUUUUUGCAUACCCGGAGAAAAGAGUUACAGUAUAUUCUACUAAUCAGAGAGACUUUGCAGUUCAGUGUCAAGAAAAAAAAAAUUGUCGAAUACGAAAUGCACAAACCUAAUUGGAUUAUCCCUAAUUUGUGCAUUUCGUUUCGGUAAAUUUUUUUUUCGACAGACGUGUAAAUGCUCCCUCACAAUUUACUAAACAGAAUAGUCUUUUUUACUGACAAUUUAGUCAGUUCAAAAUUUACUUCUUUGUUUAGUAGAUUAAUAAUAGUAGGAUUUACUAUUCUAUUUUCACCGUUGCGAGGUGCCCGGCUGAAAAAACUUGUACAUUUUCUUAUACAAGUUUUUUCAGCCGGGUACGUUUCGUAUGAGACUGAGGUUUCACCUCUGCGAUUUUAGUCAUCUUUCGUUUUUGGAUAGAUAUGUUUAAUUCACCAUAUCAAAUAUUAAUUAAAAAUACUUAUUAUUUUCGGAGUGAUUUGCAUUAACAAAUUUAUGACUUUUAAUCAAUUGUAAUUUUUUUACUUUUUGAAGUUAAUGAAAAACAAAAAAUAUUUCAAUUACCGCAGCAGAUAAAAUUUGUUCUUAAAUAAUUAAAUUAAUAAUUGUUUAAACGUGCAUCGUAAUAUGUAAUUGCAUUAAAGAAGGUCUAAAAUAAUUUAUCCAAUCAUUUUGAAACAUUAAUAUAAACUUAAAUAUGUAAUAAAUAAUUAUUAUUUUUUAAAACACGCAGUAAUUUUUCUUUCAAAAUAUAAAAAUUUGAGGUUAUGAAAAUGUAAACAAAGUCGAAACUUUGACUUGGAGUAUAACCAUUAAAAAUGUUAAAAAUUCUUUGACAGACUUAAUUCAUUAACAAUAAAGCAUUCAAUUAAAAAAAAAUUAAUAUUGUAAUUAUACAUACCUUUUAUCCACGAAGUAGUAUAAGGAGACAUAUCACCUAUGGCCGGCUCUAACGGAAUGUAGCCCCGUUUUCUGUAUUCACAGUUCUCAAGUUUUCACCAAUCUAAUUACACUUGCGCCUCUAGAGGGAAACCUCGGUAUUAAAAUCACGUGUUUACAGAAUACAGAGUUUAAUACCACAAUAUCCCGCGGUUGGCGUAAGUGAAAUUAGAUUGGUGAAAACUUGAGAACCGUGAAUACCGAAAACGGGGACAUCUUUUAUAUACAGCAAUAAUAUGUCUCCAUUAUACUACCUCGUGCUUUUAUCUUCUUUUAUUUACCAGUGUGAUCCGGAGUAAUCUAAUCUGCAAUCCCGACAAUCACGUUUUCAGUCUUCUAGUGAAAUAUUUUUGGGGAAUUAUUCCCCAAAAUUCUGGCACUAUUCUUUUGGAACCUAACGCACGUUCACAUUUUGUUGCAAUUUUAAAAUUAUGAGUCAAUGAAAAUUAUGAGUCCUAGGGAUUAAUAUUUCAAAGCGAUUGAGCACCUUUGAGUGAUCCGGAUUAUGAUCCGUGAGCACGUCCAAAAAUAAUAAACAUUUUUAAUUAAUACAUAUUUUGUAUGGUUAAUUGGUCCCCCUAUCCAAAAACGAAAGAUGAAUAAAAUCAGAGGAAGGUUAGCAUUGUCCCUACUCGACAUUUUUCAUAAUUAUCGUCACCGCACCUUGCUCUAGUAAAAAUUUCGUGACUUUAUAAUUAAAAUUAAAAGUUACUAUAAAGUCACUAAAUUUUCACUAGAGCAGGGUGCGGUAGUCGACAAGAAUUAUGACAAAUGGCGAGUGGGGAAAAUGGAAACCGUCCUAGAGGUGACCCAUCAAAUAACCUAAAUAGCACAAAAUUUUUACGGGAAGUUUGCGAUAAACUUUCAGCAGAGAAAAAAAGUUUGCAUUGUAAAUUAUUGAAAACUAAUACUCGUGCUGUGCAAUAAAUUUUAAUCAGAGACAUUUUUCAUAGCAAAAAUAUAGAAUGAAAAUUUUACAAAUAUGAUGACGCAAAUGUCCCGAAAAAUGAUAUAUUAUUGAAGGGAACGAAAAAAUAAAUUUGAUGUAAAAAUUUUAAAAAUGUAUUUUCUGUUGGUAAUUCAUGUAUUGUUGAGUGGAUAUUGCAUUUCGUAGCCUGUAAAAAUACUAAAAAAAACACAAAGUGUUGAAAUAAAAUUUUUAAUUAAUUAUUAAAAGAAUUACAAAAAUUAAAGCAUCACAAAUGAAACUAUCAUAAAAUAAUAUCAAUCGCCUUGUUUAUAGUAUGACCAAACAAAAAAUGAAACAAAUAUUUUUUAGUAUAUAUAUUUAGACAACUAUUCGAUAUUCCCCUUGAAAAUUACAUUACGUGGAAAUAUAUGUUACUAUUAUAGUAGGGUUCAAUAAUGCUUUCAUUAAGCUUUAUUUAGCCCGAAGGUGUUGAUUGAUUACUCUAUUAAAAAUGUAAGGACAUGUGACUGUGUUAAAGGUUUUAAUAUUUUGUCAAAAAAUUUAUUAUUAAAAAAUAAAAAUAUUGUAUCUAAUGUAGUGCGAUUAUAAUACAAUUUUGAUACAUUACCAAAAAAUAUGAAUUUUUUGACAAUAAUUUUAAAUUCUCGAACAUCACAAUUCUUUGUUUUUGACUUUUCAGGUAAAUUUUUAGCUCAAUCAAAUGUUUUACAAGAAAAUUUGUAUAUUUACUUGUCACAUGUCCUUAAGGAAAUAAUCAUUAUUUCCAACAGUUAUUAUUAUUAUUCCAGCGGUCCGUCUAACAUAUUAUAUAAAUAUAUUAAAGUUAGAACGUUUUUUUAAAUGUGUAUAAUAGUCAAUGACAUUUUUUUGUCCCAUUUUACGAAUUUGAAAAAUAUAUAUGUAUAUCAGAAAGUGAUGAAAAACUCGCGAAAACGCAAAAUCGCACACAAGGCUUAAAGGGAUUAAGUAAUAAUAAUUAUGGAGCUGUUAAGGGUUUCAAAACUGACUUUAUUAUAUACAACGCGUGUAGUUGAGAUUGUAUUUUUCACACUGCACCAUUGCGAUAUAAGCAUCCCGAGUCGAAAUAUAAGGUUUGAAUAGAAACUGCUAAGUACUGCAUGUAGUAGUACUUAAUAUAUCUUAUACAUUUUCUACUCCACGUUAAAGUAAGACCAACAUAAGUUCUGUUAGGGUCUGGAUAUUUCCGAUUCAGAAUAUGUUCAGUACUUAAGUAUAUCUUACUAAGUACUGCUUAAACUUUGCUAGGAUAUACCAUCAUGAGGAUUUGCGCUUGCGCUAUGAGUUACAGAUACUCGUUCGGUAAAGACACAAAAAGUAGAGCAAUUAUUAUUUUAAUUUUAUUUAUUUUCAUAUAAAUAAAUACGUGUACAUAA